AUGGAGAAUUUUCCAAAUUACCCCCCGGCUGUGCAAGAUGCAAUCCUGAACGGACCAGCACUAACACCUCCUGAUGGUGUGGUCUCAGACUUCAACAGCCCGACUAAUCACAACACUGAGGCUCUUGUUUUGGCUGUUGUGUGCAUAUCGCUGGCCUUGGUGGCGGCUUGCUUACGAGCCUACUCGCGUUUAUUUGUCUCCAAAAGCCUCCACCUUGAGGACUAUAUUGCCCUUGCAGCGUUUACGUAG